UUAUUCGGUUUGCUUCGGCACAUGAUUGUACUGUGAUUGUACAUUUUUGAAGAUUUCUCCUUUGUUCGAAUUGUUUCAUUAUGCUUUUGAAUACGAUUCUCGUUUUUGCGACAUUUUUCACGACUAUUCGAGCUGAUACCCCUGCAAAUUGCACAUUUGAAGAUGUUCAGGGCACGUGGACGUUUUAUAUCGGUGAAAAUGGCCACGAUAAUACAUUGAACUGUAAUACAAGUUGGAAAGCUGUCACCCAACUGCGCGUUCACUUACUGUUUCCAGACAUCGCCUUAGAUGAUGACUAUAACAAAGGAUUCUGGACAAUGAUAUAUAAUCAAGGCUUUGAAGUUGUCAUAAAUGGCACCAAAUUUUUCGCUUUUUCAAAAUAUGUUGCAUCGGGAAGUAAGGUUACGAGUUAUUGCGACCAAACAAUGCCAGGUUGGUCACAUGAUGCGCAAGAUGUUAGCAAGAACUGGGCAUGUUUUUAUGGAAAAAAGAUAAAUUCCAUUCAAGCUCCAAAAGUUAGCAACAUGGCAUUCCUGAGUUCAUCUAAAUAUGACAAACCAUACCGACUAAACAAUGACUUCAUUGUAGCCAUCAUUGAGAAACAAAAUCAUUGGUUUCCCACGGUGUAUAGGGAGUAUGAAAAACUUACACUGCGAGAAAUGAUGUAUAAAGCUGGAGGACCAAAGAAGUUCCAAUCACCUCCUCCAAGACCCGUCAAAAAAGAAGACCUUGAGGCCGCUGAUAAACUACCAACUUCUUUUGACUGGCGGGAUGUAAAUGGCGUAAACUACGUCAGUCCUAUACGAAAUCAGUUGCAAUGUGGCAGUUGUUAUGCGUUUUCUACCAUGGGAAUGUUUGAAGCCCGGUCACGUAUUAGCUCUAAUCUCACCACUGGUUACAUUUUGUCCACCCAAGAUAUCGUCAGCUGUUCUGAGUACUCUCAAGGAUGUGAAGGAGGUUUUCCUUAUCUCAUCAGUAAAUAUGGUAUUGACUUUGGUUUGGUUGAAGAAUCUUGCUAUCCUUAUGAAGGAAAAGACAGCAAGUGUACCGAAUCAUCCUCAUGUGCUCGUCAUUAUGGCAAUAACGACUAUCACUACGUUGGCGGCUUCUAUGGCGCCUGCAAUGAGCCGUUAAUGCGGUUAGAACUCGUAAAAAACGGGCCUUUUUCCGUAAGUUUUGAAGUGACCUCCGAUUUUAUGCACUACAAAAGUGGCAUAUAUGUCAAUCCAGGUUUGAAAGAUAAAUUUAAUCCAUUUGAAAUCACCAACCACGCUGUCGUUGUAGUUGGCUAUGGCGUCGAUGAAAAAUCUGGAAUGAAAUACUGGAUUGUUAAGAACAGCUGGGGUACUGGAUGGGGAGAAGAUGGAUAUUUUAGGAUUCGACGUGGUACAGACGAAUUGUCAAUCGAGAGUAUUGGAGUAGCAGUUACUGUUGCGAAAGAUUUUUGAGCUCAUUUUUCUUUGAAAACAUUUUACUACGAAAUCAAUUCUUCAUAAUUUUAUAUUAACAAUAGCAAUGAGUGGGUGUAAGUCAUUUACGUGCAGUGUGUGUGGUUGUCUUUGCCAAUCAAAUUUAGCAGCAUGCAUAUAGCGAUAAAUCAUUUGAUGAACAAUGUGUGUAUUAUAAACUGAAAUAUAUGUUAGCUAAAUAUCCAAGGUCUAAAACGAACGAAAACUAUUAAAAUCAAUCAUUCUCAAAGUUCGAAUGCAAUGUUUGCGAAAUGAAAAGAUAUUGUAAGCAGAUUUUGCAUAAACGACAAAAUGGAAUCUAGAGUAAUGUAAUAGUAGCAUUCCGUUUUCAUACCAUCCGUUUUCAUAUCGUGUGAACGCAACCCUGGAAAAAAGUUUAAUAUACGUAACUUUUCUCUUUUUUCAUUUAUGGAAUCCAACUUUGCAUGAUUUAAAGCUUCGUUAUACGUCGACUCAGGGUGAAUAAUCCGUAAUGC